UGGCUGCCACUCGCUGGGGUCGCAUCGACUGCCGUUGCCCCUUCCAUCAUCCAAACAGAGCCGGGGAGUCCCACCAACUUUUUUUUUUUCUGCCGUUUUCAAUGAAGGGUUCAUCCACCACAUCCACCACCUCCACCACCUUCCGAACCCUCCGCCUCUCUCCGCCCGCCCAUUUUGUUGUCUAUUGUCUUCCCUUGCUCUUGUCUUGUUCCAACAAGUGACGGAACGGGUAUUUCGUGCUUCCUGCAGGUAACGAAGUGUGAAGCGCGGUUGCAACAAAAAAAGAAAAGAAAAAGAAAAAGAAGGUUUGGUCUGGAGAUAGCUUAGUAUCUACUACCUACCCACUUCAAACCCUCUCGUUAUCUUUUUUUAAAGUCUCGCUGUUGCCCCCGAUGGCCCCAACCACAAUCAUGCGCCCCGAGCGUUCGGAGCGUCCAUACAACACUCGUCGCAAGUCGUUGUCGUUGCACUCGUUGGGAAUCCACGUUCCUGUAACUCACGCUGCCCGCGCCGCCGCUGCUGCCAGCCGAGCUUCUUCUUCCUCCAACAACCACAACUCUUCUACUCAGUCAAAGCCGCUGCCCAAGAGGCGCGAUAGCCAGACAGUCAAGUUCGAAGACACUCCCCCGCCAUCCCCUCCUGCUGCCCAACAGUCCAUCGAGAUGGACGAGGAGGACUCGAAACCAAUCGACAUGGACGCCGUCAACGAUGAGAUCGUCGAGGCUGUCAUCGUUCAGCUCCAAAACACGGGCAACAGACCACACUUGGUGAAGGAGCUCGCUGCUGUCCUCAUGCAGCAGCUCAAGAUCGUUCAACAGUCCGCCAACCCGUGCGCCAUCAUUUCAUCAAGGUUAGCCACCUACUUGAAGCGCAGCGGCUGGUCAGCUCAGUCGCCUUGCCCGCUGGCCAAGGAGCUUGAGUCUGUCCACCCAAGGCGCACAUACUUUUACCUCACCACCUGCCCGCACCAGCCGCUCCCGGACCCGGCGCAAGCGGCCACCUUGAGCCACCUUGCGCACAGUCGCACCAUCAUCUCUCCCUCUCUGUCCAGUGGAGCUUCCAACUCUGAGGACGCCGACUCCGACGCCAUUCGGCGCCGCGAGCUGUCGCCCAGCCCGGAGGUGGAUCUCUCAAGCCCAGAGUUUGAUGAUAUGGAUGACGAAAUGCCGAGCACGCCUAUCGGCUCUUAUUCGCUUCCCGGCUUCUGCCUGCCCCCAACCUCUCGCUUCAUUGCCCACCACAGCAAUGGCCGCAGCAGCAGCCGUCGUGCGGCCUCGCCUCCUCUCGAAAAGGACGAGAAGGAGUUCACUCAGACGGCUACUGGCCUGCAAAAGAGGAAACUCAAUGGCGAUCUGCUCAGGGCCAACCCGCCUACCAUUGUCGAGCCAUUGCCCGUCUUGGAUCUUGAAAAAGAAGAGGGAUCGCUCUUUGGCGGGAACAACACAACCAGCAAUAACAAUGCGACCAAUCUGUCGUUUGUUUCAAGUCCCGCGAUCCGGUCUACAAUGUACUUCCCCGUCAGCAGGAAAGACCUCGAGACCGAAAGCUGGAAUAAAUGGGACAGCAUGCUGGAGUGGGACCGCAGCCCUGAAAAUAUCGAGCUUGACGAGCUUGAUGGGCUAUUGAGCGAUUACUGAGCGCGAAGACGCGCAAGGCUCCGGUUUGGUGUACGUAUGACAGGAUGGGAGCAUGCAUGACGUUGUGUACGAUCUGGGGGUUGGCAGUAUUGGCUGUAUCCGGGUGAUUGCCGGCAGCAUUUCCUUUGGGUCACAUGUGGCCUGUUACGACUUGUCCGCGAUGCUUUACGUUUUUUAACCUUUUCAUUAUUUCUUUCUUGUUAUGUCUCUCUUGGGCGGUUGGUCGGGAACGGACGGCAAAAAUGGGCCAGGUCUCCCCAUAGACGAAGCUAUGUCGUUUGGAACGGUACCAUCAUGGCGAUAUUGCAUGGCAUGGCGUUUUAUGACUACUUAGCUGAUGUGGGUUGCAUAUGGCGUUACAGGGGAUUUUUACUAUCUUGGCUUUUAGUUGGGGGUGGCUUUGCGAUCGGUUUCUUUAUAUCCGGCGUUUAUUGUUGGCUUUUUGACGUGUGCUUAUGCAGUUUCGACUCUACUCUUUCUGCUCAAUCUGGUACCACAAAAGGGGGCGAUGGGAUCAAAAAAGGAGGGUUUUGUUACGGAGCAGGAAAGGGAGAUGGAAGAAGCUCUUGAUCUCGAACUCAGCUCUCUCCGUUAUUUUGUAUUAUUAUUCAGCCCUCCGAGCAGGACGAUGAGGAUGGAGUCGUUUUUGGGAGGCAGUUGCUAGAUACCACCUACUGGCUAUAGACGACAGAGGACGGGAGUGCACGGAUCCUUUCUACUCAUUGGAGUGAUGAUGAUAGAAAGGAGAAGAAGUGAGACCUAGAUGUCCGGCUUGGCUGGAGGCCGUUGGUGCCAAGGGAAUGAGGGCGUUAGAAAUACAAUAUAGUCU